AUGGAAACUUCACUGUUCUCCAUCCUAUAUCCUCUCACCACCUUUAUCCUCUUAAUCUUCCUAAUAACAAAGCUUCUGUUCCCCAAAAACACCAGCGGUAAUUAUAAACUCCCUCCCGGCCCAUGGAAGCUCCCCAUCAUCGGAAGCAUGCAUCACCUUAUGGGUGACCAUCCGCACCUCAGAAUGAGAAGCCUAGCAAAGAAAUACGGACCUCUAUUCCACCUCAAGCUCGGUGAAGUCGACCUCAUGGUCAUCACAUCACCCCAACUCGCAGCUGAAUCCAUGAAAACCCACGACGUCAACUUCGCUGCUCGCCCUCAAUUUCUCUCUCGGAAGAUCAUCCUCUACAACUCCGACUUAGUCUUUGCCUCCUAUGGCAAGCAUUGGUCUCAACUGCGUAAAAUAUGCACAGUCGAACUGUUCAGCAACAAGCGGGUUAAGUUUCUUAAGUCCAUCAUGCAAGAAGAAGGUCAUAAUCUUGUGGAGAAGAUCCGUUUGGCUGAUGGAUCGCCUGUCAACGUUACAGAAAUGUUAUUUGCCGUCGCAAACACCACUAUCACUCGUGCAGCUUUUGGAAAGGAGUUUGCCCAUCAAGAGAGGUUUCUUUCCACGAUUAAAGAGACGUUUAAGUAUUUAUCUGGAUUUAACUUGGCAGAUUUAUAUCCCUCGUUGAACUUUCUUGGUGACAUUAGUGGCCUGAAAUCUAAGCUGGAUAGAGUGCACCGAGUUUUGGACGUGAUAUUGAAUGAAAUAUUUCAGGAACAUGAAAGAAAGAAUGCCAAUGAAGGUGGCGUGACGGAGGAAGAGGACGAUAUUGUUGAUAUUUUACUAAGAUUGCAUAAAGAUGGUGGAAAAGAUGUACCCAUAACCAUGGAUAGCGUCAAAGGAGUUAUAUUAGAUUUAUUUUUGGGAGGAACAGAGACCACAGCAGCAACUAUGGACUGGGCCAUGGCUGAACUCAUCAGACACCCUGAAGUAAUGCGUAAGGCACAAUUAGAAGUGAGAAGAGCCAUGAACGGAAGAGAAAAGAUUAAGGAGGAUGAUAUUAACAAUCUUCCUUAUCUAAAUAUGGUAAUCAAAGAAACCCUUCGACUAAGAACUCCUGCUCCCUUCCUAGUUCCCAGGCACAGUACUGAAACAGUUGAACUAGGAGGCUACACAAUACCUGCUGGAAGUAGAAUGGUGAUCAACGUAUGGGCCAUUAUGAGAGAACAAAAUGGUUGGGACGAUGCGGAGAGAUUUCUGCCUGAGAGAUUUGAAAAUAAUCAAUUCGAGUUUAUGGGAACUAAUUAUCAGUACAUUCCCUUCGGAGGAGGACGAAGGGUUUGCCCUGGAAUAAAUUAUGCCAUGUCAAGCAUGCAAAAUGUACUCGCAAAUUUACUCUACCACUUUGAUUGGAAACUACCAGGAGGGCAGAAUCCGAAAGAGUUGGAGAUGAAGGAGGUUUCAGGCUUGUCGUUGACUCGGAAGAGCGAUUUGUUCCUGAUUGCAACUCCACAUAAUUAG